GUAAGCCACAAAAGGAGGUGCUUUUAAAAUCAGUAUAAAAGUAGUUUUUUCCACCCAAUGCUUAAAUGUGCAACGGAAUAGAAACAAAGACAAAGACAGCAGUUUUGAAUAAAAGAAAUGGCAUCAUUAACAAGUAGAGGAAUGCCUUUAAGUAUGAUCAGUCCACGGUACCUGCACACAAUCUCCACUAUCCAUCCCGGGCUUUUUAGUGCUGUAGCACAACUGAUUGACAAUGCUUAUGACCCAGAUGUCAGUGCACAGCAUUUCUGGAUUGAUAAAACAGAGUUUAAAGGCCAGGACUGCCUCAUCUUCAUGGAUAAUGGAAAAGGCAUGGACUAUGACACGAUGCACCAAAUGCUAAGUUUUGGCUUCAGUGAUAAGAAGGCAGUAAGAGGUCAUGCUCCAGUGGGUCUUUAUGGUAAUGGAUUUAAGUCCGGCUCCAUGCGCUUGGGGAAGGAUGUCAUCGUGUUCUCAAAGAAAGCCAACACCAUGUGUGUGGGUCUCCUGUCACAGACUUACCUCGAGAAAACAGGAGCACAGAAUGUCAUAGUGCCUAUGGUCAUGUUCACCAAAACUAGAGAGAUUAUCAGUGAUACACCAGAACACGCAGAGUCUCUUCAUGAUAUCCUGAAAUAUUCUCUGUUUAACACCAAGGAAGAACUGCUGUCUGAGUUUAAUGUCAUUGAACAGUUGUGUGCUGGCUCAAGUGGAACCCGUAUCAUUAUCUGGAACCUAUGCAGAACAUCUUCAGGUGAGCUAGAAUUUGACUUCAUAAAGGACCGGUAUGACUUCCAGAUCCCUCUUAAUGUGUGCAAGAGCUUAAUGAAGACAAACAAGACGCAACCUGAAGAUCGUAUGUUGGUGCCCAAGAGUGAAUAUUCACUACGGGCAUACUGUAGUAUUCUGUACCUUAAGCCUAAAAUGCAGAUCAUCCUUCAGAGAAAGGUGGAAACUUGCGUUGUCAGUAAAACUCUAUCGAAAGUCUUUAGGGACUCAUACAAACCUGCCUGUGUUCCUCCACUUAAGCCAAUACCAAUCACAUUUGGCUUCAACACAAAGACCAAAGAUCAUUGCGGACUGAUGAUGUACCACAAAAACCGUCUCAUCAAAGCCUACGAACAUGUUGCCUGUCAGCGCACGGUCGACAGAAUCGGAGUAGGUGUUAUUGGGGUGAUUGAGUGUAACUACCUCAUACCAACACUCAACAAGCAGGACUUUGACAAUACAGAAAUCUACAGGAAAACCAUGCUGAAUGUGGGCAUUAUGCUUGAGGAAUAUUGGAGAGAAGUAAAUUAUAUAAAUAAGCACUGCGAUAAACCUGUUGAGGACAUUGUGAUGCAGCCAGAUUCUAACUGGGUUCAAUGUGAUGAUUGCUUGAAGUGGCGAAAACUUGCUGAUGGCAUUAAAAGUUCAAAGCUCCCUAAAAAGUGGUUCUGCUAUAUGAACCCUGACCUCAAAUUCAGGAGUUGUGAAGCUGAAGAAGAGCCUGAGGAUUCUGACAAUGAAAUAAAAUACCAAAAAAUCUACAAACUGGAUGAGAGCAAGCAGAUGUUGCAGGUUGAGGAAACCGGACAACAGGAGAGCUCCAUUAUACCUCCAUGUAUCUCAAUAAUACCCAGCUCUACUAAUACAGACUCCAGCUCUUCAGAUAACACUUCAGAUUUUAGUGAUUUAUUCUCUUCCGUUAUUCCUGAAAGGAAAAGGACAGCCCUAAACCUGCUUCAAGAGAACCCAGAGAAGAAAGCCAGAGUGGGAAAUUACAACAUAUCAGAUGGUCCAACAACAUCCACAGCCUCACCUUAUUUGUUUCCUUUUAUUCCCAUCACAUGUUUUGACUCUAUUGAGGAAGAUUGGGAGAAAGCCAAUGAAACAGAACUGACUUCCAGUGGUAAUGAUGUGACUGACAAGAACUCGGUGAACAAGGAGCAAAUCAAUCAAAUGACACAGACCAGUUCUGAGAACAAGCACGAUUAUCAAGAGUUAUAUCUCCAGGUCAAAGAGGAGAUAAAGCAAAUACAACAUAUUCUGGAAGAAAAGGCAAAAGAACAAGAAGAGCUAAAGGGAAAGGUGGACAGUCUAAAAAAAGAGAAGAGCAAUUUGUUGACCUGCUGUGAGACCCUAAUAAAAGAUUUAAAGGAAAUUAAAAGAGAAUGUGAAAUAGUCAAGGUUGAGCCUAAGACACCUUAGUGAGUGGCAUCUUUACAAGUUACCUAUGUUCUGCUCUGGACCUUCAGCAGGUGAAUUCCAAUCAUGAAGUCAUCAAUGGGAUUCCCACCUAAUUUAUAAAUACAAAUGAUAGUGACCAGGAGUGCAAGUUUUAAAGUACAUUAAUCAUUUAAAAGCAAAAAUAACCAAAAUUAAAAUUUUUUAUAAGCUUUUGCUAGUUUUGCUCUAGUGUGUUUGGGUAAAAAAACAAAAAGCUUUUAGACAGCUAUUUUAGACAGCUAUACCUUUUUGUUUGUUUGUAUUAUUUUAAAAUAAAGGCAUAAUUAUAUUAAUAUACUAUAUAAGCUUAUGCACAUCCCUAUGUUUUAGUUGGUGGUAUUAUAUUUACCAUGUGUAGGUUUCAUUUUCUUCUAUAUUUCCAUUUUCUUUUAAAUUAUUUUUACUAUUAUUUUUACUAUUAUUUUCCUUAGAAAUGUAUCAUGUCAUACUUGUAAAGCUUGGCCAAAACUAAGCAAAACAAAUAAAGCAUGAUAGAAAUUUCAGGCAGGUCCAAAAGAAAAAAAUACUGUACUUACUUAAAUUACUGUAUAUUUGCAAAAGUAUUCAAACACCUGAGAAAAAAUUGUCUUAAAUGUAUUUGGUGUUAACUUUACAGUUUUCCUUUCACUGAAAUUCUAUAAACAAAGUAAGGAUUAUGAAGACAUGGUUUGUCAAGUUUGCUUUGGAAGAACUCUGUUGUUCCUCUCAAAGCUCUGACAGCCUGAUCUCACAAAUCUUUUGUGGCUAAAUGAAAUGGGCAAUAAAUGGGUUAGAGAGAGUAAAGUGAAAUGUAUAAUAAAAGGAAGCAAUGUAUUCUAUAUACAGUAUUAUGUCCCUGAGUUCAAACUAUUUUAAAUA